AGAGCGGAGAGAGAGAGAGAGAAGCAGCCUGUGCUUGUAAGUGCUUUCAUACUUCAGCCAGUCUGAUUCUUGUGUCAAAGAUGCAGGUUGUUAGUGGUGGACGAUCACUUUGGAUAUAUACUCUGAUAUUUACUUCUCUACAACUUUGGGGAAGACUUUCUGCUUCCACUUCCUCUCCCACUCUUCCAGCACCUACCCUGAACAUCUACUUAAGAUCAAAUGACUCAGUGACCCUAAUCUGCAAGGUCCCAGAGGGUCAUCAUGGGUUUCUCUUCAUGUUGUACAAGAUCAGAGAGAACGUGGACUCCCAGGAGCUGCAGUCUGGUACUGAUGAGGUUAAAUUCACCUUCAGGGUACCUGAAGGGGACUCAGGUGAACUGUUCUGCUGUCUGUACAGGGACCAGGGAGGCCGAUACAGUGCAUUCAGUCCCUAUUUGAGACUGGAGCAGCAAAGAGAAACUGCCCCAACUCGCUCCAUACCCUCUUUCCCUUCUCCAGUCUUGUCUAUGGUGCCGUCUACUGGUGUGGUAAAACGUGGGGACAUGCUGACCUUCAGCUGCUCAGUCCCUGAUCUUUCAUCUCAGACUCAGUCCCAGUCUGGCUACAACAACAAACCAGACACCUUCCUUUUGCUGAAGUAUGCUGAGCACACAGGGACCACAUCUAUUAUAGCCCAGCCUCAGGCCAGUCAGGUAUCAAGCCCUGAACCUCAGCCAGGAGUCUUUACUGUGGGGCCAGUGAGGGGAGAAGAGGAGGGAGAGUAUACCUGUAUCUACCAGAUCACCAAAAAAAGGCGACUGGUUAAUUCAACUGUUAGCAACAUGAUUCAAGUCACAGUCACAGAUUUGCUCCCACUGCCCACUCUUGUUCUCCAACAGCAGACAGACGUUUGGCAUUUGCUCUGCACAGGGUCUCCUGCAUACCCUGGUGCUGUGUUCUACCUCUACCUGGCAGAUAAUGAACAUCCCAUUGCCACUCACCAGGCCAAAGUGAUCCACCAUCAGGCCACUUUCCCAGUGCCUGUCCAGGAAACUCUUUUGGUUUUUUACAAAUGCCAGUACAGUGUUCUUCUGGGAAAGAAGUCUGAGCUCAGCCACUCUCUGGCUGUAAGCAGAGGAAUUUCCCCUCCCUCAUCAUUAGAUUCGUCAGGUGUGGACUGGCCUCUUGUACUGGGCUCUUUCUCUGCUGUGGUAUUAUUCCUCCUUUCAGUGUUACUCGUGGUUCUGGUGGCGCUCAGGAAAGCAAAAGCAGCAGCUGAGAAAGAGAAGAAAAGGCAGGAUGGACAAUUCUGGGCUGUAAAUGCUAAGGACCAUAUUGUUGACCCUCCACUCAGGUGUUCAAGCUUCACCUCUGAGGAGUGGGCCAAUGGGGACACAGAGACAGCCUCCAGAUCUCCAUUAUGGAACUCUCUCUCCACGUUCACAUCCCCCAUCCAUUAGAAAUGUUUGUUCUUUUGUUGCCUCUCUCUCUCUCUCUCUCUCUCUCUCUCCCCCUACUUCAUGUGUGUGUUUAUACUUUAUCACAGCUUAUCCGCGUAGCAUCAGUUGGAGUUGCACAGCUGGACAGGAAGAAGCUGUUUCCUAAAUUCCUAUUUCAUGCGCAGCAGUAAAAUUGAACAGUUCGACGGGAUGUGAUGUUUGAUGUCUGAUCUUUCAUGAAACUGAGCAAGAUAAUUUAAAUACAGAUUUUAUUAGGAUUAUUAUUAUGAAUAAUUAUUCUUGACCUUGGAAAAAGCAGGUGACAAAAACAUCUCUCCUCGAGGUCCAUUUAGCAGCUGCUCUGGGGCUUUCAGCUACACCAGAGGAUCUUCAUCAGCAGAUGGAGUUUGCCCACAUGUCAUGGAAUUUUAUAUUAGCUGCUAAAUGAACUUUGUCAUGUGAAGUCAAAUAAUCAACCCGUCUAACAGUUAUGGCUUAACUAAUAUUUCAAAUUAUUUCACAGUGCUAUUUGUAGGUUUGCAGGUCAUUCCAGCUCCAUCAACAUUAUUUAAAGUAUGUACAUUUACACGUGCUUGAACAUUGUUUUUUUUUCUUGAAGUUAUUAAAGUUUUUUUUAAAAUUUAUAUAGCACUUACUGUUUCAAAACCAGAAGAAAAAAUGAACAAAA